UCGGAUGAUCGCACCAAGAAUAAAUCUCUGGCUAAAGAGCCCCACAGCCACCUCUCAAAAACUUAUAUAAGAGCACCACAGAGCUCAGAGGGGAGCGAAGUGGGCGCUUAUUAGCUUCCUACCAGUUUUUUUUUUCUUUGCGCAAAGCUUGCACUUGCUGAGAGAGGGAGAGAGAAAUCCAGAGCUAAAGGCGCUCCCUCUCUUGCUUUCUCUCUCCAACCCAUCCUCUCUCGCUCUCUCUUUCUCUCUCCACACACACAUAAAAACCAACGAAGCGGGCGUCUCUAGAGUGAUCAUCAGGCAGAGAGGCAGGCUAGGCAGGAAAUAAAUUUGAAGAAAGCUAGACCUGUGCUCUGAUCAGUAGGAGGGGUGUGAGGGGGGAGGUCAUGGGCGCCAUGAUGGCCUCCAUAACCAGGGAGCUCCUCUUCUUCCUCCCCUUCAUCCUGCUGGCCCUCCUCGCCCUGUACACCACCACCGUCGCCAAAUGCCACGCCACCCACCACCAGUGGCGCCGGCCGAAGAAGAAGCGGCCGAACCUGCCCCCGGGCGCCCUCGGAUGGCCUUUCGUCGGCGAGACCUUCGGCUACCUCCGCGCCCACCCGGCCACCUCCGUCGGCCGCUUCAUGGAGCAGCACGUCGCACGGUACGGCAAGAUAUACCGGUCGAGCCUGUUCGGGGAGCGGACGGUGGUGUCGGCGGACGCGGGGCUGAACCGCUACAUCCUGCAGAACGAGGGGCGGCUGUUCGAGUGCAGCUACCCGCGCAGCAUCGGCGGCAUCCUGGGCAAGUGGUCCAUGCUGGUGCUGGUGGGCGACGCGCACCGGGAGAUGCGCGCCAUCUCGCUCAACUUCCUCAGCUCCGUCCGCCUCCGCGCCGUGCUGCUGCCGGAGGUGGAGCGCCACACCCUGCUGGUGCUCCGCUCCUGGCCGCCCUCCGACGGCACCUUCUCCGCGCAGCACCAAGCCAAGAAGUUCACGUUUAACCUGAUGGCGAAGAACAUAAUGAGCAUGGACCCCGGCGAGGAGGAGACGGAGCGGCUGCGGCUGGAGUACAUCACCUUCAUGAAGGGCGUCGUGUCAGCGCCGCUCAACUUCCCGGGCACGGCCUACUGGAAGGCGCUCAAGUCACGCGCGUCCAUACUUGGAGUAAUAGAGAAGAAGAUGGAGGACAGGCUUGAGAAAAUGAGCAAGGAGAACUCGAGUGUGGAGGAAGAUGAUCUUCUUGGAUGGGCCCUGAAGCAGUCCAAUCUGUCAAAGGAACAGAUCCUGGACCUCUUGCUGAGCCUGCUCUUCGCUGGGCACGAGACCUCGUCAAUGGCGCUGGCCCUCGCCAUCUUCUUCCUUGAAGGAUGCCCUAAGGCUGUUCAAGAACUCCGGGAAGAGCAUCUGGAGAUUGCUAGGAGACAAAGGCAAAGAGGGGCGUCCAAAUUGAGCUGGGAAGACUACAAGGAAAUGGUUUUCACGCAAUGUGUUAUAAACGAGACAUUGCGGCUUGGCAACGUGGUCAGGUUCCUGCACCGGAAGGUCAUCCGAGAUGUGCACUACAAUGGGUACGACAUACCACGGGGGUGGAAAAUCCUGCCGGUUUUAGCGGCAGUGCAUCUGGAUUCGUCGUUGUACGAGGACCCCAACCGGUUCAACCCUUGGAGAUGGAAGAGCAACGCGCCGAGCAGUUUCAUGCCGUACGGCGGCGGGCCGCGGCUGUGCGCCGGGUCGGAGCUGGCCAAGCUGGAGAUCGCCAUCUUCCUGCACCACCUGGUGCUCAACUUCCGGUGGGAGCUGGCGGAGGCGGACCAGGCCUUCGUCUACCCCUUCGUCGACUUCCCCAAGGGCCUGCCGAUCAGGGUCCAGCGGAUCGCCGACGACCAAGGGCAUCGCAGCGUUUUGACCGAGAGCACAAUGUAGCGGUGUACGGGUACGGAGGCAGUACAAAUUUUCGUUGCAUUUUGGGGGUGGCUGGUGUAAUGUAGAUUGUGAUAUAUAAUAUACUGAUGAAACAAGAUAGAAGGAUGUAUAGACAGAGAGCAAAGAGGAUGCUGGUCCAAAAAGUGUUUGGGUAGGUAAAAUGUGUACUCAGUAGGGUUGUAAUAAGGCCGGCCCAUGGCCCAUGGCAAGUAAUAAUAGAGAUAUAGACUAGUGGA